UUUCUACCCUCAGUGUGCCGUGCGGGUGGGUUGCAUCGCGAACGCGUUUUACUGACGCGCUCGGCGUCUAUACGCUCCCCUAAACACACGUCUUUUAUAUAUCCUACGCCACACCUCCCCUUUAACUUUAUUUACCACUAAUUAUAACUGUUUUAUCUUUUAUUUACUGACUUGUAAUAAAUUUAAAAUUUUUUAAUUUUAAUAUUAAUCCUUCAGUUAUAUUAUUAAUCGUUACUGUUAACUGUUCAGAAAAAUAAAAUCGAGUUUUAUUAAACUGGUGAUCAUAAAAAAAACUUACAAAGUUUCAAAUGCGUGACAUUAUAAAAUACAUUUGUGUGCGUUAAUUUAUAAAGUGUUUUUCAUUGGGUAGUUUUUAAGCCAUGGAAAUUUCUCGAUGACUCGUUAGGGAGAUGGUGACGUGACUAAUUAAAGAGCGACCAAGAGAAACCGGAUGUCCGUGUAGUAGCCAUGAACUCGAGCGGAAAUGCUGGAUCGCAAGAGGGUGGUAAUGGCGGUGAAUAUGGUAGUAGUGAGGAAACAGCAGCAUUAUUAACUCGUGGACCACCGCCACCAGUUGUUGUUAGUAUCGGGUCUCAUCAGGGUAAGCCGGUAUUAACGCGUCAAGAUCGGGCGACAUUUCUUGUUGCCUCGCCACAGUUGUCGGUCUCUGGUUUGGGUGGCAGUGAAGAAAGCGCCACAAAUGAAGACCCGUCUACCAGAAGCGUCCCCGACAUUGAAUUGCAUUGCAGACUUGAUGGCGAACCGCAAUAUUUACAACAGCAACAGCAACAACAACAGCAAUGUCAUCAUCCAACUACGACGACAAUUUAUCGCGCAAGACAAGCUUCACAUCAGUACAACCGGUGCCGAUGCGAACGUCGAGAUUCACUCGCACCCUCAUCUGCGCUUCAUCUGGCACGCAGUGUCUCCAGAGAAAGUGUAAGAAGUGGUCAUCACUGUUGCCCUUGUCAAGCCCCACCACCCCCAGUACUUGUAACAACAUCACCAAGUACCCGAAUUAUCCGACAAAGUUCGCAACCGGAAGCCUCUGCGUGUUGUUGUUCAGGAUGUUAUUGUCCUCUGCAUUCGAACACAGCGCCAAGCGCGUCCUUACGUCAAUUACGUGAACCAGGUGAUGGAAUCGCCGGAAUUGCUGCAGAUUCAUUACGAAUCAAUGGUGGCAUUAGACAGUUUCGACAGUUUCCGUGGUGGUGGUGCAAAUCGUCAACGUCGACAGCAACAACACCUCCGCCGCCGAUGGCAAGCUUCAACGCAGCUUCGGCAUCUGGUUCCGGUGCCGGAGGCGCCCAAGGCGUCGUACUCUGCCCGCGCACUCUGUCGCAAGCACGACGUACCAGGCUGAGAAGAGCCAUCACCGAGGCCACCUCCGAGACCGUGACCUACGUCAAGACGCUGCGGAAACCAGUAUCGACUCUUUCGAUCCCGGGGGCGAUGAGAAGCAGCAGUGGUGCUGGGGGUGCACCAGGUAGCGGAGGAAGUGGUUGCGGUAGCGGUGGUGGCAUCCUAGGAGGCGGUGAUGAAGCCGGUAUUGCCUUGGUCGGGGUGCACUCCGAGUAUCCUCGUUUCAUGGACGAACGUGGUCUCGGCGGUGGUCCAAUGAAAGGUGCACCCUCUGGCAGUAUCGGUCCUUGUUCGAAACACAAACCUAACGUAGGCUACCGACUUGGCAGACGAAAGGCAUUGUUUGAGAAACGUAAACGUAUAAGCGAUUACGCUCUUGUAAUGGGUAUGUUUGGGAUCAUCGUAAUGGUUAUUGAGAACGAGUUAUCCAGCGCUGGAGUUUACACAAAGGCCUCGUUUUACUCGACUGCACUUAAAACCCUAAUCUCUGUGUCAACUGUGAUACUGCUUGGCCUCAUAUUUGCUUACCAUGCCUUAGAAGUCCAGUUAUUCAUGAUUGAUAACUGUGCGGAUGACUGGCGAAUUGCAAUGACAUGGCAACGAAUAUGUCAAAUAUCAUUAGAGCUAUCAAUUUGUGCGAUUCAUCCUAUACCAGGUGAAUACUACUUCCUGUGGACGACUAAAUUGGCGAAUAAGGGUGGUGACAUGGGUGCACAAUGGGUACCAUACGAUGUUACACUCUCGUUACCAAUGUUCCUACGACUUUACCUCAUUUGCCGGGUGAUGUUAUUGCACUCAAAAUUAUUUACCGACGCCUCGUCGCGAAGUAUAGGCGCUUUGAAUCGCAUCAACUUCAACACGAGGUUUGUCCUCAAAACACUCAUGACCAUUUGCCCAGGCACCGUAUUAUUAGUUUUUAUGGUGUCACUUUGGAUCAUCGCAUCCUGGACGUUACGACAGUGUGAAAGGUUUCACGACGAAGAACAUGCAAACCUGCUCAAUGCUAUGUGGCUCAUAGCUAUCACAUUCCUGAGCGUUGGAUUUGGUGAUAUUGUACCUAAUACUUAUUGUGGAAGAGGUAUUGCCGUGUCCACAGGAAUGAUGGGCGCAGGCUGUACUGCAUUACUUGUAGCGGUUGUUUCGAGAAAAUUAGAACUCACAAGAGCAGAAAAACAUGUACAUAAUUUCAUGAUGGAUACACAGUUAACAAAAAGGUUGAAAAAUGCAGCGGCAAAUGUUUUACGCGAGACUUGGCUUAUUUACAAACACACACGGUUGGUUAAACGAGUUAAUCCAGGUCGCGUGAGAACACACCAACGUAAAUUUCUACUAGCUAUUUACGCACUCAGGAAAGUUAAAAUGGACCAACGUAAGCUAAUGGAUAAUGCUAAUACGAUAACGGAUAUGGCAAAGACUCAAAAUACAGUGUACGAAAUAGUGUCAGACAUGAGUACACGUCAAGACGCGUUGGAAGAACGUCUUGUAGGUGUUGAAGAAAAAUUAACAGCACUUCAAGAGCAAUUGGACAUGUUACCGGAAGCAAUAACACGUUGUUUAGCUCAACAUGCUGAGCGUAUGGAGCAACGACGUAAUUUUCUUCAUCCUGACACAGCUGUGGCAUUAUCAGCAACCCCAAGUGGCUGUGGUGGUUCAACCAGUGGUGGUAUUGGUAAUAGUCUGAACAUCGGGGUUACCGGGAAUAUAAAUAUGUCAACUCAUCAUCCAUUGGCAAGCAUGUCUAAUUCACCACUACUGCCACACUCACGCAGUGUACCAAAUGCACCAAGCACAAUGUCCCUGCACCCGUGGCCAGCGAGUCCAGUGCUACCUCCAGUGUCAAGUCGGACACCUCAUUUAGUACCUGAGACCGGGGGUUUUCGACAACAACAAUCCUUACAGCAACAGCAACAACAACAGCAGCAGCAACAGCAGCAACAACAACAACAACAACAAUAUAAUACACCAACGACGUCUCAAUCUGUAACCAGGCUGACCACUCAGGCUGGCAUGGGAGGACUUGGGACCAGCCAGGGCUCAGAUACAUCCCCGCAUAGCUGAGCCACGUCUUUGCAGCCGCAGCAUUCAUAUUAAAAUAUGAAUAUUAACAUUAUUAUUGGGCCUUUAAUAGAAAUAACCAUGUCGUUUUCCAUGUUCGUCUAUAGUUCAGUGACGCUCACGUUCAGCGGCGCUGUAACUCUAUUCUCGCGUCUCUCAGGCAAAUGAACCGGGUAAUUUAAAAGUUUUAAAGCGAAUAAAUAAGUAAAGUAAGUAUAAAUAUCGAUAAUCGUCAACAUGGAAAAUUGAAACAUGGAUUCUUCCACUAGCUGCGGACUGCUCCCUGCCCAACUUGUGUGCCUGAAAAAAUUAUUUUAAUUAUUAAGGUAUCCACUCUUCUAUCUCGUUAUUGUCUAUCUGUCUUUCUCUUACAAUCUAUCUCUAAACCUAUCUCUUUUUAUCUCUUAUUAAUUUUUAAUUUAUUCAUAUUGAACAAUAGAUAUUAUCAAGACAUUUUAUAUUCAGUGGAUUUCAAAUAAUUUAUUAAAAACUAACUUAAAUAUGUCUUAACGUUUGCUAAAAAAAAAAAAAUGGUUAAUCUAAUUCGAGUCAAACUCUCUUUUUCUCUCUUUCACUUUCCUCUGUAUCUAAAUAACAACAACAAUAACUAAAAUAAUAUAUAUGACAACUUUUAAUCUAUUGUAUUCUAUAAUCUCGAUCAAUACUCAUAACUUUAUAAAUCUUGUAUUAAAACUCAAUAAUAUUUAUUUUUUAAUUAUUAUUAUUGUUUUUUAUUUUUAUAGUCUUAUAAAUUAUUACGUAGUAAUGGACUAGACUUAUUGAAAAAUAUUGAUGGCCUUAAGGAAUGGAGUAUUUUUUGUCAAAUUUUUUAUUAUCAUUAUAAAAUAUUAUUGUACGUUUUUAGCUUCAAUCGACAUACAACUUCAUACUAUAUAUAAAGUAUCGAUUAUACACGCUCAAAAAAAAAAAAAAAACGGCAUUCGAGAUAUUUAUUUUUGUUUUUUCAUAUAUAAGUAUAAUUAAUAACUAAAACAUAAAUAAAAAAAUCUCUAAGAUAAAAAUGCGAACUUCAUUAAUUGGCUAAUUUAUAAUGAAGAAUGCAAAGUGAUUUUAUUCGCUUUAACGUCCGUAGAUUAUAAAUAAAAUAAAUAGAAAUUAUUAUUAUUGAAGAAAAAAAAAUAAUAAUAAUAAUAAUAAUAUAUAAAGUCUAGUGUCUUUACAAUUACGCACGUGUACAGGUACUGUGAAGGAAUGUGUAUAGUUACUUAAAAAAAAAAAAUAUUUAAUUGAAAAUUUAUAAAAAAAAUGUUAGUAAUAAACUAAAACAAAUAUGUUUUUUAUAAUGUACAGAUGGUUAGUUAUUUAUCUAUAGAAUCAAGAUCAAAGUAUUUAAAUAUAUUUAAAACUAUAUAAAUAUUACUAUUAUUUAUUAUUUGUUUAUAAUUUUUGGUAAUUGUUUCUUUAUAUAUAUUAGGGUACGUCAUUUCGGAGCAACAUUUUUUUUUUUAAGUGCAUGUAGAAAAAAUCAUAGUUCAACAGAAAAAAAAAUUUUUGCGCCAGAAAAAAAAUUCUAUGUCGAUUACAGACCUAGCUCUAAAAAAUUCGAUUUCCCAUUUAAAUAACACAGGAAAUUUUUUUUUUUAACUUUGAGUAUAUUCAACUCGUUAACAAAUCAAUAGAUCGAAUAGACGAAUACAUAUUUUUGUAGGAAAUUGAACGUUGUACAAAAAAGGUCUUGUAUCAUUUUUUAAUAAAUCCAUCUGUUCAAAAGUUAUUAGAGCUCGAAGUAAAGUUGGAGAUUUUUUUACUUUUCCGACGAAACUAUCAGACUUAUCACAAAAUGUUGUAGAAUCUUUUUUAUUGACAAUUUUAUUUUCUACAAAUUAUUAUCAGUAAAGUUUUUUCAAAUUUCGCAUUAUUUUCUAGUUAUUUUCAUUUUAAUUUCAAGGUCUUAAAAAAGUAGUGUUCUGAUCGAUUUCAAGAGCUCGACAUUGAAAUGAAAAUAACUAGAAAACAAUGCGAAAUUUGAAAAAAUUUGACAGAUAAUAAUUUGUAGAGAAUAAAAUUGUCAACAAAAAAGACCCUAUAACAUUUUGUAAUAAGUCUGAUAGUUUCACCAGAAAAGUAAAAAGAUGUCCAACGUUACUUCGAGCUCUAUAAUAAGCUCUCUAAUAACUUUUGAACAAAUGGAUUUAUCAAAAAAUGGUAAGAGCCCUUUUUUGUACAGCGUUCAAUUUCCUACAAAAAUAGAUAUUAUUCUAUUCGAUCUAUUAAUUUGUUAACGAGGUUAAAAAUACUUAAACCUAAAAAAAAAAAUUUUCCCAUGUUAUUUAAAUGGGAAAUCGAAUUUUUCAGAGCUAGAUCUGUAACCGACAUAGAAUUUUUCUUCUUGCGCGAAAAUUUUUUUUCGUGUUGAACUAUAAUCUUUUCCACAUGCACUGAAAAAAAAAUAUUGCUCCGAAAUGACGCACCCUAAUAUAUAUAUAUAUAUUCAAAAAAAUUAAACAUAAAGUUGAAAGGAAAGAGUGAAAGGAGGGAUGCAGAAAAAAUAAAUAAAAUAAACAGACCUAUUGUCUUGUCCAUAUUCAUGCAUAUUUCAUGAUUUUAAUAUUUUUUUUUGUUUAUUUUAUUUUCCAUUGUUUAUUUAUUUAAAUAAUUUCAUUAACGAUAGAAUCGCCAAGGUUUGACAUCGCGAAACGGGACCAAAAAAAUAAUGACACAACAGUUAAUUUAAUUUUAAUUUUUUUUUUAAAUAUAUGCACAGGACACGACAACUACACAAUAUUUUUAUAUAGAAUUCUUGAAAGUGCAUUCAUUAUAGUGCCAGGUGACCUCGUUAGUUAAAAAAAAAUAAAUAAAUAAAGAAAAGUUCGAAAUGAAAAUUGAAAAUAUGACAGCCUCACUGUUUACUAAAUAAUAGCUGUUACCGUUAAAAUUUAUUAAUAAUUUUAUUUCGAAAUAAAAUUAUUUCUUUUCACUGAAUUUAAAUUUUUAGUUUACCAAAAAAAUGGCAGUAAAAUUAAAUGAGCCUAUUGUAAAAAAAAAUUAUUAUCAAUAAGUUUUUAAUAAAUUAAAACAAUAACAAUGACAGCUUCAUUAGUCUUAGUACUUAAUCUUCCUUAAUAACAAUAUCCAAAAAAAUUACACGAAUCGAAUACCAAAUAAAUAAAAAAAAAGACGAAUUAAGUGCAAUAAUUAUAAUAAAAAUAAAAUAAACAAACCCCUGAUUGCAUAAUAUUUCAUAUGAGAAUGAAUAAAUAAUGAUGAUGACAAUGACAUGAUUACGAAAAAAAUAAAUAACGAAAAAAAAAAAAAAAAAUACAGUGAGAACUGGUUAUAAUUAACGAUGCGAAUCCCACCGUUUAUACACGAAGAAAAAAAAUAAAAUAAUAAUUAAUUAAAAAUUACUAAUGUUAGUAAAAGAAAAACAUAAUAAUUAAAAUCCUACUGUAGAAUUUUACAGUUUUAAACUCCUAAAUGAACCUCUUUAAUAAUAAACUUUACGAAUAUUGAUAUUAUUAUUAUUACUAUUAAUAAAUAAUUAUUCAACGGUUUAUCACCGUGUAAUUUUUACGUAAAAUGACCAACAAAUUACCAAUUGAUAUACCGACCUACGUAAUUAAAUAAAUAGCUAUUAAUAUUUAUUAUUACAUUAUUAUUAUUAUUAUUAUAAUAAUAGUAAUCGAAUUAUGCAAAGGUUUUAAAAAAUAAAAAAUACUGUUUUUUUAUUUUGUAAAAUACAUUAUUUAAAUAAAUACACGUUCAUUCGUUGAAACCACUUUUUAAUUACAGCGUAUUUCUUCGAAUAUAAAUAAAUAAAUAUAUGAAUAAUAAUAAUAACUAUAACAGUAAUGAUAAUAAAUUUAUUAAUUAAAUAUUAAUCUACGAAUGAAUAAAAUAAUAACGAGACUUUUGUUGUAUUGUUUUGUUUUAAAUCGCGAAUUAUCGACGCAUAUAGUAUUUUAAUAAAUAUUAAUUAGUUAAUCAAAAAAAAAGAAAAAGAAAAAAAAACGAAAAAGUUAAUUCGAGUUCUCAAUUUUCAAUUUGAAAAUAUUUAAAUCUUAAUAAUUAUUAAUGAAACAAAAAAAAUAAUUAGUUGUUAAUAGUAUUAUUUAUUUAGAAUUGAAA